UAUUUUCAGAAAUAGGUACUUUUGAGUGCUGGCGUUUUCGCAGCAAAACCAGUGAUGUUAAUCUUAUAACUAGAUAGCUUUUUGUAAAUUCAUCGUUUUCGUUGCGAAAAAAGUCUAAAAAAUCAUAUUUAUCUUCGCGAAAGUGAACUUAUCGAAUAUCAUUUGUGAUUUCCAAUAAAAUGCACCUUGUUUCACUGUCUAAGUCGAAACGGAUGGUGAGCGAUGGCGAGAAUACGGUGAUAGAUUUUUGGUGUUAAAAAUUGCUCUGUGUCAUUGCCAUAUAAGUUUUCCAUUAUUUAAGAGCAAAAAUAAUUCCUUAUUUUCGACGUUUUCCGUGUUCUUAUAAUUUAAUCUUUACCCAAAUUGACGAUUAUUGUGUGGAAAUUAAGUUGUCAUCGACUGACCGGCUGAUAUUACACGAGGCUUGUAUGUAUAUGUGACUUCUACCUUUUGCUAUUUGUGACACGCCUCAGAAAAUAAAUCUGAUUUUGUGAAUGAACUCGUUUUGUUUUGUUUUUGUGGUAAUUUAGUGUUAAAGACGAUUUUAAAUUACGUAACUGUUGUGGAAUCGUAAAAGUGUAUAAAGGAUGGCCUGAGUGUGACCACUCCAUUACCGUCAUGAGUGACGAAGGAAUGUUUGUUUAGGCUUUAAUAUUUUGCUUCGACUUAACGAGGAGUACUCGUUCAUCUCGUUAAAUUGGCUGGAUCAUGAAUCUAUCAGCAUUUAAACAAGAUUUAAAUUGAUCGUUCUCGGCUUAUCGUCAUUACGGACUCUUUUAUAUUAGAAAAAUGUCUUCGGGAACGUUUGUUGAUAGAAUUGACCCUUUCGCUAAGCGGUCUUUAAAGAAAAAGACCAAGAAGUCUCAAGGGUCUUCACGGUAUCGUAAUACGCAAGAUGUGGAGUUGCAGGCAUUGCCAUUCCUAAAAGAUGUUCCAAGUAGCGAACAAGAAGAACUAUUUAUCCGCAAGUUACGCCAGUGUUGUGUUGCAUUUGACUUUAUGGACCCUGUAGCAGACUUGAAGGGGAAAGAGAUCAAGCGCGCUACUUUGAACGAGCUUGUCGAGUAUAUCACUGUUGGACGCGGGGUACUGACAGAACCUGUGUACCCAGAAAUUAUUAAAAUGAUAUCGGCGAACUUGUUCCGUACUCUACCGCCAAGCGACAAUCCCGACUUCGAUCCGGAAGAAGACGAUCCCACUCUGGAGGCUUCCUGGCCCCACCUUCAAGUAGUCUACGAGUUCUUUUUGCGCUUCCUUGAAUCUACUGACUUUCAACCAACUAUUGGGAAGAAGGUCAUUGACCAGAAAUUUGUGUUGCAGCUUUUAGAUUUGUUCGAUUCCGAAGAUCCGCGUGAGCGUGAUUUUUUGAAAACUGUGCUCCACCGUAUCUACGGAAAGUUCUUGGGUCUACGAGCUUUUAUACGAAAACAAAUCAACAAUAUAUUCCUGAGAUUCGUUUACGAAACUGAGCAUUUCAAUGGCGUGGGUGAACUUCUAGAAAUACUGGGAAGUAUAAUAAACGGGUUCGCUCUGCCGCUGAAGAGCGAGCACAAACAGUUCCUGGUGAAGGUGCUGCUGCCGCUGCACAAGGUGAAGUGCCUGUCGCUGUACCACGCGCAGCUCGCGUACUGCGUGGUGCAGUUCAUUGAGAAGGACGCCACGCUCACCGAGCCGGUCGUGCGCGGCCUGCUCAAGUUCUGGCCGAAGACUUGCUCCCAGAAGGAGGUGAUGUUCCUGGGUGAGAUUGAAGAGAUUUUGGAUGUUAUCGAGCCUGCACAAUUCGUCAAAAUACAAGAGCCGCUGUUUAGACAGAUAGCCAAAUGUGUGUCCAGUCCUCACUUCCAGGUUGCCGAAAGAGCAUUAUAUUUUUGGAACGGCGAAUAUAUAUUGUCAUUGAUCGAAGAGAACAUUCAAGUUAUAAUGCCAAUAAUGUUCCCUGCGCUGUAUCGGAUGAGCAAGGAACACUGGAACCCAACAAUAAUUACCUUAAUUUACAACGUGCUAAAAACAUUUAUGGAAAUGAAUCCCAAGCUCUUCGAUGAGCUCACUACUAGCUACAAAGCAGAACGGCAAAAAGAGAAGAAGCGCGAGAAGGAGCGCGACGAGCUGUGGAAGCGGCUGGGCGAGAUGGAGAUCAGCCACAAGCAGCAGCAGGCGGCCGUCGGCGCCGCGGUCGCCAAGUGAUGGCGAACCUCCCUCUGCUAGAUAAUGCGAUCACUUUUAUUUUCUCUUUAUAUUUUCUAUUCGAUUACAUUUUCGUUAAUGACUUUAUUAAUUUUUAUACCUCUCGCGAACGGUUCGCUCGGGCGGAGCCGCCCGCCGGCUGGGCAUGGGGGGCCGCUCGCGACCCGCUGGCAGCC